UUUUGUGAUUUCAAAUAUGGUCGCUACCGCGUGCUAGCGCGGUUGCCGCACGAGAAGCGUGAUUAUGUAUCAUAACCUCAUUUGAACUAGUCCGGAUUUCUUUCUCGAGGUGCACAAUGGUGCAGAGUAGAAUAUAUGCACGGAAUCGUGCUCUUGGAUACAUCAGUAAUCACAUACCUUUGGUCACGAGAUACAUCCUUAGAAGAAAAGAGCAUCUCAUUGUCACGUGUGUGGGCAAAGAAUUCCAUACUUAUGGAUGUAAACAUUUCACUCUGCUGAGCGUGUCAGGUAUGCACGCCGACGAUAUCACUUGUCUGGCUACGGACACGUUUCACGUAUACACGGCGAGCGCGAAUAAUAUUUACGCGUGGCGCCGAGGGACAGAGUUGAAACAUACUUACAAGGGCCAUGAUUGUACGGUUCAUAUUCUGCUACCAUUUGGCGCUCAUUUGCUGUCUGUCGACAAAAGCAGUACUCUGAAGGUGUGGAAUAUCAAGGAUGAGAGUUUACUGUUGGAAUUGAAUUUUAGCAAUAAUGUUUUCAAGAUAACCACACUGAUACAUCCUAACACUUACUUGAAUAAGAUUUUGCUGGGUAGCGAACAGGGCCAGCUGCAGCUGUGGAAUAUCAAAUGUAUGAAAAUGAUCUAUACAUUCAAAGGAUGGCAGACCAGUGUGACAGCGUUGGAACAAGCACCCGCAAUAGACGUGGCUGCUAUAGGCUUGAACGAUGGCCGCAUUAUUUUGCAUAACCUGAAGUACGAUGAGACCAUCUUUGAAUUAGUGCAAGACUGGGGUCCAGUGAUAUCCAUCAGCUUUCGUACAGACGGCCAUCCGAUUAUGGCAACAGGCAGUUUUGGUGGCCAAAUUGUUUUCUGGAACCUGGAACAACGCAUGGUAGAGAGUCAGCUGUGUAAUGCGCACGAGGCAGCAGUCACAGGUCUGAAAUAUAUACCUAAUGAACCACUGCUUGUUUCAUCCUCCUCUGACAACUCUUUAAAGCUAUGGAUAUUUGAUAUGGCUGAUGGAGCGGGCAGACUCUUAAGGAUAAGAGAAGGUCAUGCCGAGCCUCCGACAAUUACUCGGUUUUACGGAAACGAUGGUAAUUAUCUAUUGACCGCGGGUGGCGAUUCCUCUCUCCGGUUGUUCUCCACCAUCACAGAGAUACUGAACAAAAGUCUGGGAAGAGCCUCAUUUAAUAGGAAAGCGUCGAAAAAGAAAGGUCAUUCAGUCGCCGAUCCAUUGUUAAUGCCACCGAUAACUGAGCUUGCAUCUGAAAUAACGCGAGAGAAGGAGUGGUGUAACAUAGCGGCAACUCAUUCCGGCUUGGGUGUAGUCACCACAUGGUCCUCUCAUCUACAAAAAAUGGGCGAUCUUAAGUUACUGCCUGAGAGAUUUAAAGGCAACUAUAACGCCAGCGCAACCAGCUUGUGCUUAACAAGAUGCGGAAAUUUUGUUGUGAUUGGUUAUAACACGGGCCACGUUGAUAGAUUUAAUAUUCAAUCCGGGAUCCACAGAGCAUCCUAUGGAGAUGAGAGCGGCGCUCACAAAGGUCCGAUUAAGGGGGUCAUGGUUGACGAUUUGAAUCAAACUCUUAUCACUGCUGGCAGAGACGCUACAAUCAAGUUUUGGGAUUUUAAACCUAGAAAAGGUAUAACAACGGCAAGAACGAUAUUGACACUGGAAGAAUCGGUCGAAUGGAUACGACACCAUAAUGAGAGUUCUCUCGUGGCUAUAGCUUUAGAAAAUUUCGAUAUUGUAUUGAUGGAUGUGGAUACAAGAAGAAUAGUUCGGCACUUUCAAGGGCACGAGGGACGAGUAACGGACGCAUGUUUCAGUCCUGACUCUAGGUGGUUAAUCACAGCAUCUAUGGAUUGCACGAUACGCACUUGGGACAUACCAUCUUCGCAUUUAAUAGAUAUCUUUCAGGUCCCUGAAGCUUGUAUAUCCUUAAACUUUUCUCCGACGGGAGAAUUUCUCGCGACCGCGCAUGUACGCAAUGUAGGAAUCUUCUUAUGGUCGAAUCGUUUGCUCUACUCGCACGUUUCAUUAAAGGCCAUUACUAAAGACGACACGAUACCCGAAAUGGGACUUCCUGGCUCUUCUGUAGAAAUCGAGAAAGGUGACGAGGACGAUGUUAUUGCCGCAGAGCCAGAUUAUGUGUCUCCCGAUCAGCUUGAUGAUGAUCUCAUUACCAUGUCCGCCGUGGCUCAAUCGAGAUGGCAAAAUCUGCUCGACAUUGACAUCAUUAAAAAGAGAAACAAACCGAAACAGCCGCCCAAAACUCUCGAGGCCGCGCCGUUCUUCUUACCCACAAUUCCGUCAUUGCAACUGCGUUUUGAUUUCUCGGAUGUUAAAACUACCGAGAACACUGAAACGCAUAUUCAUUCCGCCUUACAAAGUCUUACGUCAUUCGGCAAAUAUCUGCAAUCUACAACUAAUGAUUUUUCGCUCGUAAUUGAAAAAUUAAAGGCGAUGGGCCCUAGUGACAUCGAUUUCGAGAUUCAAUCGUUGUCUUUGAACGAGAGUACAGCCGAGUCGUUGAUACUGCAGUUUAUGAAGAUGCUUCAUUACAUGAUGGAACGACAAACGGAUUUCGAAUUAUCGCAAGCAUACCUGGCAGUAUUUCUAAAGUGGCAUGCUACAGCAAUAUCGAAAAACAAGACGCUACGAAAUUACCUGCGAAAAAUCCAAAAGGCACAAACAAGAAAUUGGCUUACGUUACGAGAGAAAUUAUUUUAUAAUCUAAGUGUUGUACAAAAUUUCAAAAAAAUGUAACGUGUCAAUCAACUGUUAUAAUU